GAGCUCCGCUUUCUCUUCCCGGGUUUGCCGCUCUUCCUGCUCUGUGCUGCCCGUGGUCUAGUAAGACUGCAGGUGCUAUUGCGAGCGACAGCUGGCAGAAGCGGCGUCAGCAAGACACUUGGCAGAGUCGCACGUCCCCUUGUCCUGCUUGCCAUGGCUGUCAGUUGUCUCCUCUCCUCCUCUUCGCUCUCGCAUCCUACCGAAACUAUCCUGGCAGCGCUGCUGCGAUUCUGCUCCAACAAAAAGUCGGCCACGAGCCAGGUUCAGUGCAUGUGGACGUGCUUCCAGCCAUGACCGGAUUCUCCCGAUUCACCCAACUGCCAGCGCCCUGGAGCUAUUCCAAGCAGGAGGGCCUCACUCUUCCCCAGCUCUCGCACUCCAACUUUUCCUACCUUCUCAGUGCCCAUCCCUCGGUCCCUUCGUAUGAGCCUGUUGCCAACGCCACUGGCUUUGUGCGCAUGAGCAUCGGCACCAAAACGCUCCUCCGCAUGCCUCCUCUUCGCAUCCCCUUCCCUGUCCUGGAGACGGAACCCAGAGUGUUCAUUCACAAGAAAGAAGCUGCCAGGGAAGAGAGAAAGCCAGAUGUAGUACCCCCUGAGGGGGGCGCCGCAACAGAAGAUGCUGAAUCUUCUUCCGCUGUGAAUCUUGAGUCGACCGGAAAGUCGGCACCAGAGGGUGGGACGUUUGAAAGAGAGGAUGCUUCCAGUGAGGGUGGGCGAGGGAGUGAGAGUGGGGGGAGUGGGGAGGGGAGAGCACAGGGUGAGCAGGAGGAGCAAGAAGAGGGGCAGGAGAGGAGGGAGGAGGUACAGGACGAGUUGUGA